GAGGGGUGGGCCGCGUCUCCGGGCCACUCCCGGGCCCCGGUGCAGGCGGGUGGCAGGAGGAGCACCAGCUGGCGCUUGAUUGGCAGCUGGGCCGGCCAGUCAGCCCGGGGCCUGGGGGCGGGGCGCGGCUCCGAGCGCGAAACAUGGCCUUGCUGGGUGCUUGCAGCGGCGGCGGAGGCUACGAGGAGGAGGGGGGAGACAGCGUGUUCAAGGCGGCCGUGGAGGUCUUCGCGAAACUGAAGGACCUCAGCUGCCCCUUCCUCCAGGGUCUUUAUAUCACAGAACCAAAGACCAUUCAGGAACUGCUGUGUAGCCCCUCGAAGUACCGCUUGGAAAUCCUGGAGUGGAUGUGUGCACGGGUCUGUCCCUCCUGGCAAGACAGGUUCAGCUCACCUAAGGGGGCCUCAGCCGAGGUGAAGAUCCAAGAGAUGGUGAAACUGGGCCAUGAGCUGAUGUUGUGUGGGCUGGAUGACCACGAGCUCCUGAAGGGCCAGGCCUGUGCCCAGAAGCAGCUGUGCUUCAUGGACCAGCUGCUGGACGUGGUCCGGAACCUGACUGUCGGAGGCUCCAGCUGCCGCAGUGUGAAAGAGCAUUUCGAGGACACCAGGGAGAAGAAUGAGGCGCUGCUGGGGGAGUUCUUCUUGAGCCCCCGCCUGCAGAUGCUCCUGAGCCCCGAGUGUGAUGCGUGGCCCCUGGGCGUGCAGCCACUUCUCGACAAGCAGAGCAAUGCCUGGCAGAGGUCCAGCUCCUCCAUCGAGUCAGAGGAGGACAGGGUGGCAGAGCUGGCCAGGCAGCUGCAGGAGCGUGCCUCGAAGCUGCAGUCGCUCAGGAUGGAGUGCUUUGCACAGCACAAGCAAGGAGCCGCUGUGGGCGGGGCCGACGCCAGCACCCUAGACCAGAAGCUGCGCCUGGCCAUCUCUGAUUUGCGGCAGCUCAUCGUGGCUUUCCUGCAAGUCUAUGACGAUGAGCUGGGAGAGUGCUGCCAGCGCCCAGGCCCCAGCCUCCGCCCGUGCGGCCCCAUCAUCCAGGCCGCGUACCAGACUCUGACCUCGUGCAGCCAAACAGAUGAGAAAAAGUGGCCUCACGCUGCUGCGCUGACUACAUCAGUAUUCACUCAGAUCCCCAGAGGCUGGCCUGGAAUGCUAGCUUUGGUUAUGACUCUGUUGAAAGCGGUCGUGGAGGUCACUGACACCUCGGUGAAAGCCGUGCAGAUGGCGAAGCAGCAGCAGGGCAAGCAGAUCUGUUGGGGCAGCAACAAUUCUGUGAUGAGUCUAGCCAUCAGAAUGGGACGGGUAAUCUGGAAAUACAAGGUCUUCAACGAUGGCCUGCCCAAUGGCCUGCAGUAGCCUGGGAGCAGGGCGCUCUGCCCCGAAGAGCCAGGCAGCGGUCAGCCCCCAUGUUCCCCGGGCUGCCCUCCACAUGCUCCGUGCCUUCAGCGAUUUGGGGGGGGGCUGUGACGAGGGGCCGGAGGUGGGGCGGGGCGGUGUGAGCUGGGGACAAAAGAAUGCUCAGGUUCUAAGAAGUUGCCUCCAGCCUACCUUUUUUGUUUUAUAACACCUUUCUUGAAGUAUAAUUGCUUUACAAUGGUGUGUUAGUUUUUGUUGUAUCACGACCUGGGCUGCUUAGUUGUCUGCCCCAUCCUGCCUGUCCCACGAGCUGCCGCCACUGCCUGUUAAGCUUGGUGAUGCCUCGUCACGACCCCUGGCUGAAUGCCACCAGAGUUCCCCGCCCGGCCCCCCACCCUGUUCUGCUGCCCACCUGGGGCCGGCCUUGGGGAUGCCCCGUGAGGUCUCCUUGCUGCCCCACGGCCUGGCCGCUGGCGCCCACUGCAUCUGGGUCGCGGCCAGUGGAGCGUGUGCUUCUUCCUCCUUCCUCGCCAGGUCACCCGGCACUGGCCUGGGGGAUUUUUGCCGGUGGCCUGACUGGUUGGCCAGCAAGCUGUUCUCUACAGGGCGCCCUUCAUAGCCACCUCCCUCCCGUCAAGAGCGGGCACAGCUGGUGGGGCCCCGCCUCCCUCAGCCCAGCGGCAGGCAGAAGGCGGUGUGGGAGGGGCCUCCCUCAGCGCUUGGUCGCCGCCUCACUUGUGCCCACGCUGUCCUGCCCCUGCAUCUGCACCUUUGUUUCCCCCAGGCCCCUGUGGCUGCUGUAGACAAGGAGGCUCCAGGGGCUGGGCGCCAGGCCCCUUCCCACCUGGGCUGCCAGAGCCCCCGGGCCUGGUCCCCUGCCUGCCUGGGGCAUCCCCCAGAUGGCUGCCGUGAGAGGAGGGAGGACGGGCAGGCCCCUGGGCACCACAGUCCAGGUUCACUGACAGCUUCCAGACCAGGGGACUCUGGAGGACCUGUGGCAGGAGACUGGACCUGUGAGUGCCCACUGCCAAGUGCUGACAUGUCUUGCCCCGGGAGGAGGUCCCGGGGAUGAUGUCACCUUCCUGGAUCACGGAGGGCCUUCUCAUUCCCCUCCUGUUCUGACUGUGUCCUUCACCCUUGACUGAGCCAUUCGGGCUGGGAAGGCCCCGGAGCCUGGGGUCUGAGGGGCUGGGGCUGGGGCUGCCUCCGGGCUGCCCCCGCCCCCGCUCUCACAGGGCUCGGUGGAGGACUGCUCCCGCCUGCCUUGCUUCCCUUGCUCCUUCCCUGGCAGCCUCCGCUAAAGGCUCCUGAGAAGUUCUGGGUCAUUAUAUCAGAGAAACAUAUACCAUCUCCCAUUCCUGGUGGAAGAUGAGCCCGCACCAAGGCCUGUCCUUACAGCUCACUUCAGCUUCACCAGGGGCAACCGGCUCCCUAGUGACGGGGGGAGCUGUGCCUUGGAGAUGCUCCUGUGGGAGAUGCCCCAGCCUGGGGCUGGGUGUUGAACCUAAGUCAGACUGGGAGGCAGGGCCUAU